UUCCCACCAGAUGCCCGACCCCACCAUAGCGGUUUGAGGACUGGCAACAAAACCACAACCACCACACGGACCUCGACCUCUGCUUCGACAGCGCCAAUUGACUCGAAGCAAAGCCAGCAGACAACAUGGCAGCAAUCCAAGAGCUCGCAGAACGGGUCAAGCCCGAGAACGAAACCGUCUACGUCGACACCGAUGCAGGUGUCGACGAUGCCUCAACCGACGGCUCUGAGUCAAAGCCGUACAAGUCCCUGGCCUACGCCAUGAUCGCCAACAUCGAGCGGCCCACAACAAAGUACCUGUCCCGUGCCUCCAAGACUGGCGACGACCCAGGCGCUGCGCUGCAGUGGAAAGAGCCCGCCAAGAGCGCCGUCAAGAAGGCCACCUCUGCCGUCGACCAGCACAAGAAGAAGCUGGCCAAGCAGGCCUCGUCCGCCGCCGUCGAGGAGGAGGCGAGGAAGCAACGCCUGAAGAACCUCGAGGAGGCCAAGAAGGUCGUCAUCAAGCAGGAUCCCAGCUUGCCAGAGGCGAGGAAGCUGAGGAUCGACGACAAGAAGGUGGACCUGGGAGACGGCGACAAGAAGGGCGAGAGGGUCAAGGUGUCCGGCCGCAUCCACCGGUUGCGGCCACAGAAGCAGGCGACGUUCAUCGAGCUUGUUGAUGGAUACGGCCACCUGCAGUGCAUCAUUGCGGCGGGACCCCUCACACAGACCUACGACGCCUUGACCUUCACCCAGAGCACCUCCCUGACGCUCUACGGCGAGAUGAAGAAGGCGCCCGAGACAGCCAAGGUGCCGGACAACCGAGAGCUGCACGUCGACUACUACGAGGUGCUGGGCGCCGCGCCCACUGACAUGGAGGCGCUCACCAACAAGGUCUCGGCCACUCAGGACCCAUGGGAGUCGGACAUGCUUGACCAGAGGCACCUGGUCCUGCGAGGAGACAAGGCGUCCUCGGUUAUGAAGCUCCGGUCCGAGGUUGACUAUGCCUUCAGGCACCUGUACAAGCAACUGAAGAUCAGGCAGGUGUCGCCGCCUGCUCUGGUGCAGACGCAAGUCGAGGGAGGCUCCACGCUGUUUGGAUUCAACUACUACGGCGAGGACUCGUACCUUACGCAGUCUUCCCAGUUGUAUCUCGAGACCGUGCUCCCUUCCAUGGGCAACGUAUACUGUAUCGAGAAGUCAUUCCGUGCCGAGAAGAGUCUGACGCGCCGUCACCUUUCUGAAUACACCCACAUCGAGGCGGAGCUGGAUUUCAUUACCUUUGAGGAUCUGCUCAACCACUUGGAGGAUAUGAUCUGCGGCGUUGUGGAUAUGGUCCUGGCGGAUGAGGAGAUGGCUGGUUACAUCAAGCAGCUCAACCCGGGCUUCCAGAAGCCGUCGCGCCCCUUCAUGCGGAUGAAGUACACUGAUGCGAUUGACUGGCUCAACGCGCAAGACCCCCCGAUUCUUAACGAGGAGGGCAACCCACACGUCUUCGGCGACGACAUCGCCGAGGCGGCAGAGCGCAAGAUGACAGACACGAUUAACAAGCCCAUUUUCCUCACGCACUUCCCCGUGGAGAUCAAGGCUUUCUACAUGAAGAAGGACCCCAACGACCUGCGCGUGACAGAGUCCGUGGACGUCCUGAUGCCCAAUGUCGGCGAGAUCGUCGGCGGCUCGAUGAGGAUGGAGGGCUAUGACGAGCUGCUGCAAGCGUUCAAGAAGCACAGCAUCAGCCCUGACCCGUACUACUGGUACCUCGACCAGAGGAAGUACGGAACCUCGCCCCACGGCGGAUAUGGUUUGGGCCUGGAGCGAUUCCUGGCCUGGCUGGCCAACCAGCACACCGUGCGCACCUGCUGCAUGUACCCUCGCUUCAUGGGACGAUGCAAGCCUUAAGCGGUGGCGUUGCUGGGGCACGAGCGUCUUUGGCGCGCUUCAUCCAUGGGCUCUCAAAACUAGGCUACUUUUGGCUGGGAUGUGGAUUGAUAUUCGGAAUAGAGAUCUCGUGUAGAAUCUCCCUUGCCGAUUUGGCACGACUGCUAGAGUCUCAGGGGAAAAGAGAAGAAAAUCAAGCGGCCCAGAAAGGGCAUGUAAUGACG